AACGGGAAUGGCAACUUCUUCUUUCACGAUUCGGUCAUAAUCUCUUUUUUUCAUAUGAGUAACCAGGAUUUUACAUGGGCGAUCUUUUGAAGGAGGAUUAAAAUAAGGCGCGAUUGUCCAGGUUUGACCGCUUGCUGUGACAACUACGGGCAUCGGCAGACUUAUUUGCGCGAGAUCAGCUGCACCUGGACCUCCAGGUAAAUGUUUUAAGUUUUGUUACUUUGUAUAAUCAUUUUAUAGUGAUAAUAAAAUUGUAAUUUUCAGUACAGAAACAAUAACGUUAAACCAGUGAACGGUAAUGGUCUGUCGGGCAAAGGAUAUUAACUUGGCUUCAUGUAAUUGUUUCCUAACGCUGCGUCAGACGUUUGUGCGUUCAUGACCAGGUCUGAGUAUUGUCCAUUAAAGGCGCAAUCAUUGGUAUGUUUUAACGUACAAGUAAUCGUAUGGGAAUAUCUCUAUUACGUGAGAACGGCAUGUUUUAGACGAAGGUCAUUUCCUUGUCACACUACUGUCAGAACACUUGCCUAGAUCGUGGUUUACCAGUAGAACUGCCAAAAUGACGAGUUUUCUUUUCUUGUUGGGGCUUGCAGUCAAACCACAGAUUUGUUGAUAAGGCAUUUUCCAUCAAUCUGCAUGUUGCUAUGUAACAAACUAACAUCUAUGGUACUUCUCUCUGCGCUCUUACUGACUUUUGUCUGUUAACACGCUCUGGUUAUUGUCUCUUUUCUGAUGUCCAUACAUCUUUUCCUUAAAGGUGUGAGGCAAGUUACAUUUGAAAGACUUAUUUCAUGUUAGUUACCCGUGUAAGCCAGAGCAUGACUGUCAUGCCGACACAAAAAGGGCUCAUGAAACGUUGUAAGGCCCCGUUUACAAUUCGCAUGGCCUAGUUGGCCCACAUGGCAAUUAACAACAAGUCACAUGGCCUAGUUUUAACAGAAAGAAAGUCUGCACAAGUGUCCAACAAGCAGCAUUCAGGGUGCAGAGACCUACUUUUUACCUCCAGCUCAGCAGUUGUGACUGACAACCGCAAACACAGCGGUGGAGAUUCGACCGACACUAUAUCAGCCUGCCAGAUCUCCAACUAAAGCAGUGCUUUGAUACUAAAGUAAAAGUAACUAAACUAAUUGCCAAAUGUUGUGUACUGACAGGAUCAUCGAGUGUGCGCGCAGUCAGUGUUCUCAGACGAAUCCUUGCAAUAGGAGGAUGCUUCCCAGCCGCAGCAGAAUAUUUCUCACGCAGAUUGACCCCUUCACUCAUCAGCCCGUGUCUCUCAACUGCCCUGAAGAGAAUGAUGAGACCAUGAGCAACGACUUCCUGCCCAGAGUCCUCGUGGAACCAGAUAGCAUGCUCAAGUCCAAAGCCGACCCCAACAAGAUGGACGACGAUCAGACGCCCCGCAGCCACGCACACCCUGCGGUCUACAAACACCCACCACAGCUACCCAGGGGCGUGCCGGGCAGAUUCCCACAGACACCCUUCCCCAGCCAGGCUGCGGCCGACACGAGUGCCCUAGACCAGUACCAGUGGGCAUGGGCGUACCCCAGCUAUGGCAGUGAUCGGGAGGAGAGGUACCCCCACAGCAUGCCCCCCUCUCUUCCCUCAGAUGAGUACAGCAGUUACCCCAGCGAGGCGAGCUACCUCCAGGGCGGGUGCCACUCCCUCCCAGGCAGACACAGCCCCAGCCUGGCCAGCCUGGAACUGCCCAGCUCCCUGCGCUCUAUCCCCCCCUGUGGCCACUCCACACACCCACCCACUGCACCCCUACGCCUGCCUGCCCCAGGCCCCCAUCUGCUGCACGCAGUGCCCCCCCCCAGGCCACCUCCGCAUGGGACCCCUCCACCAGCUCAGCCCCCAUCCUGCCUACCACAUGCCCUUUCAACCCUCAGGUCCUGAUCACUGCGGACAUGUCCCAACCAGAUCCACGCAAAGUGAAUAUGCAGUCCCUCAGCCCAGGUACACCAGUCCCAGAGGAACCCAGCUAUCCAUGGAGCAGAGGAAGGUGUUUGUCACAUAUGAGUCAGACAGCGAAGAUCAUGUCAAAGAGAUCAUCAAGUUCGUUGCGUUGCUGAGACACAACGGCUUUGACACACAUAUUGAUGUCUUUGAGCAGCAGCUGAACAGCAUCAGUAAGAUCGACUGCACGGAGCGGUACAUCCAGGAGAAAGAUUACCUGAUCAUCAUCGCCAUAAGCCCAAAGUACCACGAGGUUGUGGCCGGAGACAGGAUGUUUGUGGAGAGAGACGAGCGGACUUUAAACACGGUUUACAUCCACAAACAGCUGCAGAAUGAGUUCAUACAAAAUGGCUGCAAGAACUUCAGGUUCAUCCCCAUUCUCUUCCCUGGGGCCAAAAAGAGCCACGUUCCCACGUGGCUCCAGAACACACAUGUGUACAGCUGGCCCAAAGACCGGGACGACAUCCUGAGGCGUCUGAUGCGCGUGGAGAAGUAUAACCCUCCACCAAUCGGAGAGCUGCCCACCAUAGUCUCCAUCCCCAUUUAGACUCGUGGCCCAGGGGGGGAAGCAAGACAUAUAGAACUGGGACACGGCUGGCUUUGAAGACCGGUUCGACAGAUAUGUGUGUGUGUGUGCGUGUGUGUAUGUGUGUCUGUUGUGGCAUGAGUAAUGUUUGGUGUGGAGACGGUUCUCUUUGAAAAACUGCUUUUGAAGUUGGGUUAACCUUUGUGGGAGGGGCAGGUCUGUCUGCAGCUCAGGCCGUACCUGGGCCGCACCUGGGCCGGGUGCCACCCGGUGUCGGCUGUGACUUGGGGACAGACCUGAUUAAGCACGCACAUCACAGGUGCUGGAGCAAAGCUAAGUUUAGACUGAUGACAAGACGCUCCGCACACUCUCACAUGCUCAACAAAAGUUUGACACACACACACCGUUUUGACCAGCGACCCUCCUUCAGGUGUUCAAAAGUGUAUACAACUUCUGAAUAGCAUGUAGGAGUGUGUGGAUCGUCUGUAAUCAGUCUAAACUCGUUAAUAAACCCCUUAAUUUAGGUGUAUUUAGACAGGCAGGAGAAAGAACCAUCUUACAACAUUGAGGACCAUGUGCUCUCAAGAGUGGACUAGUAGGUGCUGAAACAGGGAACAGUGUUACAUGUCAAGAGAAUCAACUAAACUGUGGAAAUAACUUAACGGAGGACAUUACAUGUGUCAUGUGUGUGUGAGGUUCUCUCCCAGAGAUGUAGUCUUUUAACGUAAGAAAAUAUAAUGAAUAUGACGUUCAAAGCCUUGCAUUCCACUCAGGUCAUGCACAACACAGUACCAGCUCUUGAAAAGCUCAUGAUUGUAAUUUGCCCAGCUUCUUCCUGUUUCCUGUCGAUGAGAGGGAGGGCCCAUUUCACCUUGUGCGAUCAGAGGAAUCUGAAGUAUGCAGAGUUUGAGGUUACUAACAUAAUUACUAGUUGGUUUUAGGUGUGUCAGCUUGGGACAUUUCUUUUCAUGUUACUUAAAGAUCUUGUUAUGCAUUAUUUUUUCUGAAUUUGGUUUUAACUUUGCUCAUUCAAACAAACAAUUAUUGUCCUCCGAUCAUAUUUAAAAGGCAAAGGUGAUUAUGCCUAAUCAUGUUUAAUAGGCAAAGGUGAUUAUGCCUGAUCAUGUUUAAAAGGCAAAGGUGAUUAUGCCUAAUCAUGUUUAAUAGGCAAAGGUGAUCAUGCCUGAUCAUGUUUAAUAGGCAAAGGUGAUCAUGCCUAAUCAUGUUUAAAAGACAAAGGUGAUUAUGCCUGAUCAUGUUUAAUAGGUAAAGGUGAUUAUGCCUGAUCAUGUUUAAAAGGCAAAGGUGAUUAUGCCUGAUCAUGUUUAAAAGACAAAGGUGAUUAUGCCUGAUCAUGUUUAAAAGGCAAAGGUGAUUAUGCCUGAUCAUGUUUAAUAGGCAAAGGUGAUUAUGCCUGAUCAUGUUUAAAAGGCAAAGGUGAUCAUGCCUGAUCAUGUUUAAAAGGCAAAGGUGAUCAUGCCUUUGCUAUUUCUGCUUCCAGUUAAAACACCUUUUUUAUCUCUUGCUUUUGGGACUGUACAACACAGAACAGAACAUUUGUUCUGUUUCAUGUCUUACUGUUCUGUGCAGUUUUUUUGUCUAUUUCACUUCAUUUACUUAUUUGAGUCUUUUACUUUAUUUGAAAUGUUUUAUGUUGAAAUGUUUUAGUUUUUAGUUUUGUUUAGAAUCCUGUUGUGUUUUAAUCCUGAUUUACACAGCACUUAGCCCAAGUUCAACAGCUUCUCAUGACUUCACACAGCAACACAAUGGCAUACAGGUUACAUUUCUUUAUAUUUCUAUGAAUGUAUCUGAAACCUAUUGUCUGCACAGGAAAUACAAACAGCUCAUCAUGUUCUUUCUGGCAGGUUUUAUACUUUUU